AUGUCCUCACUGACCUCUUUGGGUUUGCAAACGCGACAUCAACUAAAAAGGUCAAACAAGCAACAAGUGGUCACUCCCGAUGCUGCAAACCCUCGUUUCAUCGAAAGUUCGACAGAAAAUAAUAUGAUUCAGCCAAAGUCGCAGCAGCAGCUUGAGAUUGAGUUUUUAAGAAAACAAGUUGUUGAGCUUCAAGCGACAAUCACGGAUUUACAAGCGCGAAAGCAAAAGCGAGAAGGUCUCGAGUGGGAGCAAAAAGCUAAAAAAGGAAAGUCGCUCGACACGUCGAUGAAUCGGACGAUAAAUCAAUUGGCAACGGUGCAACAGCUCAAUGAGCACAAUGCGAAGUUACAAAGUCAAGUGACCAAGCAUCUUCGUCAGCUUAAGCUUCUCGAGCAGAUGGCAAGGUUACGAUACUUGUCAACCCCAGUUCCCGAACCGCUACAGCACACCACAGAAGCGUGUUACUGCCCUAUGUCGUAUCAUUGUAUGCAUUCUACAAUCUAA